AUGCAACAGCACAUCAAGAGAUAAGACUUGCACCAACCCCCCUACUGUAUUUCCAGGUGAAUAUGAAUUAUCUUUUGCUGAUGUCACUUUUGGUGGUCAGAUGACACAAUGAGAUCCAGCAGAAGUUUGGGGACCACCUCACAAUGCAUUCCUCAGAGGCCCUCAUGACAGACUUUCAGAGUUGCUGAGUUGUCUGCGAUUCUUGACAUCACACUGAUGGUCUUCACUUCUGCGCGCUCCACCCCGCCUGCAGGAGCAAGAGGAGCGCUGGACCAGAGAGACGCGCACAAGGAGGGGAGAGCAGGCUGAUGUUGGCGGCUGGUGGCGAGUCUCACUCCGCCAAUUCAAACUCUAGAAACAGCUAAAGACGAACUUGAUGAAAUGGUUACUGUAGUUAACUGUAUCUUGGAGGAACACAGAUCCACUGCAUGACCAAGCGCGCUCGCUUUGCUUCGUAGUUGAUUUAUAACUGCAUGUUUCAGGUGUAUUUAUGGUAAUAGAUCAUAAGUCAUGGCAGGUCGUUUGCAGCUCAACUUGGUUGUUUUCUUGGAGUCAGUGCAUGCGUGAUUACUUCUCAGCACCCCGCUGCUUACUUCUUCUUCUCCACCUGACUCCUAACAAUGAUCGCUGAAGGUCACGUUCCGGCGCGACGCACUUGUCCCACUAUUGUGCAUCUUUAUUUUUGCGAGCGUGACUUGAUUUAUAGAUAACUUUAUAAAUCUGAACUAAUCAAACCGAGGCUGACAGAUAGCAGGGAUGCUCUUUACCCAUGUGUUUUGAUCGGGUGACUAGUUUUAGUCCACUUUAAAGCCAAGACAAACCGGACUAUGACUCGGUCAAAACUUUGCAGAGCGCUUUUGCGGAUGAUCCAGUGAAAAAACAGUGUCACAUCUUAUGUAGUUUAACAGUGUCCGCUUGAAGAUGUUAGGAAGUCCGUCAAACAACGGCGGCAUCAGAAUGCUGGUGCCGCCGGCGCCGACCGACGACAGGCGGGUAGAGUUCGUGGCUCUCACCGCUGUCCACACGGAGAGAAGCGAGCCAUCCACCCCGGAGCGCGGACACCCGUCUAACCGCACAGGUCUGCUGGGCACCCCGCUGCCCGGCCCGCCAGGACCCCGGGGCAACGCGUCCGUUUCAAGCAAACGCUUCAGAAAGUUGCAAAACUGUCUGUACAACGUGCUGGAAAGACCAAGAGGAUGCGCAUUCAUCUACCACGCAUUCAUUUUUGUGCUGGUGUUCAGCUGCCUGGUGCUGUCUGUGUUCUCCACCAUCCCCGACCACCAGAAGUUCGCCAACCAAGGCCUCUUCAUCCUGGAGUUUGUGAUGAUCGUGGUGUUUGGGUUGGAGUACUUCAUCAGGGUCUGGGCGGCUGGCUGUUGCUGCAGAUACCGUGGCUGGCAGGGACGUCUGAAAUUUGCCAGGAAGCCUUUCUGCGUCAUAGACUUCAUAGUAUUUGUGGCAUCGUUGGCGGUGAUAGCAGCUGGUACGCAGGGGAACAUCUUCGCCACGUCAGCCCUGCGCAGCAUGCGUUUCCUGCAGAUCUUGCGUAUGGUUCGAAUGGACCGACGGGGAGGCACCUGGAAACUACUGGGCUCAGUGGUUUACGCUCACAGCAAGGAGUUGAUUACAGCCUGGUACAUAGGUUUCCUGGUGCUAAUCUUUGCCUCCUUCCUCGUCUACCUGGCAGAGAAGGACAUCAACUCAGACUUCAACACCUAUGCAGACUCCCUCUGGUGGGGGACUAUUACUCUAACCACUAUUGGCUACGGUGAUAAGACACCUCACACCUGGCAGGGACGACUCCUAGCUGCUGGCUUUGCUCUUCUGGGAGUUUCCUUCUUUGCCCUGCCUGCCGGAAUACUGGGGUCAGGUUUUGCCUUGAAGGUACAAGAGCAGCACCGGCAGAAGCACUUUGAGAAGAGGAGGAUGCCUGCUGCCAACCUGAUACAGGCUGCAUGGCGUCUCUACUCUACAGAUGCCAAACACUCCUAUCUAACAGCCACAUGGUACUUCUAUGACAGCAUGUUGCCUUCAUUCAGAGAACUGACGCUUCUGUUCAGUCACCUCCAGCGACAGCGUAACAACAAGAAGGUUCUCCCCAACUCCUACCACACGUUGCUGUCUGGGCUGCGGCCCUACAGCUCCCCCUACCUGUCGGGGGACAGCAGUAAAAUUGGUUUCCGGGAUCGGAUCAGGAUGAACAAUUCCCGAUCAUCCCAAACCAUUCGAAACAAGGCGUCACCGCUGCCCCCGGGCUCCAGUGUCCGCCAAUCUCCCAGCCAGGAGAACGUCCCAGAGGCCACCAGCCCGGGGAAGGUCCAGAAGAGCUGGAGCUUUAAUGACCGCACACGCUUCCGCACAUCUCUUCGCCUCAAACCACGCCCACCUGUUGAUGUGGAAGGACUCGGGGAGGACAGUGUGGAAGACAAACCAUAUUGUGAUGUAACCAUGGAGGAAGUAAUCCCAGCAGUGAAGACGCUCAUACGAGCUGUCAGGAUCUUGAAGUUCCUCGUGGCCAAGAGGAAGUUUAAGGAGACGCUGCGGCCAUAUGAUGUGAAGGACGUCAUAGAGCAGUACUCUGCUGGACACUUGGAUAUGUUGGGCCGUAUCAAGAGCCUGCAAAUGCGGGUGGACCAGAUAAUUGGGCGAGGAACCAUGCAGUCCGAUAAGAAGGCGCGCCCUGAAAAGGGAGAGAAGACGCCGCCAGAAUUGGACUCACUGGAUGAGCUAAGCAUGAUGGGACGUGUAGUCAAAGUGGAGAAACAGGUACAGUCUAUAGAGAACAAGCUGGACCUCCUGCUCAAUUUCUACUCCCAGUGCUUAAAGAAAGGCUCAUCCAACUUCACCCUAUCCACCCUCCUGGACCCUGACCUGACAUCUGACUACCACAGCCCCACGGACCAAAGAGACCUCUUCACUUCCGCUAACACACUCAACAUCUCCAUGUCUGAGAGCGGCAACUUGGAAUGACAGUGAGCUGAGCAGUCCUGGGGCUGUUCGAACACUGACACAAACCCUUUACAGUACGUCUUCCUGCGGCUGAGUCCUCACUUCGAGCAGCCCGACCUUAAUGUCUUCUCUUCACUUCAUUUCAUAUCUGUCUGGGAUGAUUUUUACCUCUCAAUCUCAAAUCUGCACCCCGCACCUCUUUCUUCCUGAAGUGAAUGUGUUUCUAGAGCGAGUACAGACAGAGGCCACCAGAUGGCUCCACCUGACAAGGAGCUUCAGCCAAAGCUACUCACCGCACACGCACAUGCCUCUCAACCCACCCAAGAUGAGGACAGGGAUGAAGAGAGGAUACGUGAACAACUAUGACUUGACUACUGAACCACUUUCACCCACUCACCUCACGCUAUGUAUCUAUGCCUACUUUAAAGCUUCAACUGUAGAUAAUCAGUCAUUAAGCUUUGGAUUUUUGUAAAUCUUUGGAGAAAUCUUUUCCUCCCCAUCAUCAUUUUCUUAUUUUCUUGGUUGCUUGAAUCAACUGACUGAGAGUUUGCUGACUCAGUUGACACAGACAGUGCUGCAAGUGCCAUGCCAGUCAUUUGUUCAGUACCUUAGGAUGGCAUUGCAGUUCUUGAUACUGUGAUGAAUUUAAUGGGUCCCACACCACCAUACAAACGAAAAAAGCACUAAAAGGAGCUGAAAUAAUAUGCUCUCUCAGAACUGGGCGGACAGACUGGGCUGACAGCCACCUCGCCAAAGCACCAAACCUCCACGGUACACCUUCCUAUCCGAACGAGGGAUUUUUAAAUGGGUAUAUCCUGCUUUUAUCGCCCCAAAAGAGGUGGGAGAAUGUGUUGGGGUGACUGAUGUGUACUGUACAUUGUUGUUUGUUUUCAUCUCCAUUCCUUCUCUCAGAAGUUAUGUCUCCAACAAGCCCACUAGCAAAAAAACAAAACAAAAAUCCAAGACAUUAUUCCCUGUUUGGCUGGCAUUCAGGUGAGGAAUGUUCCUACUUCUUUAAAAUUUAAUAGAGCCAAAAUGUCCUCUUGAAGGUUCAAAGUCCAUUCUUUGCAAUGUUUGAAAGUCUACCGUAUCUCCUUGAGUAUUUCAUUAACCUAACCUUGUGUUUUUAAAAGCCCUUUAUGCCUUUCUGUCUUGCAGCCCCACCCCCCCAGACAUGCAUGUUCCUUUCAUCAGUCCUGUAGAUAAUAUUUCACUGAUUCUCAGUCAGAAUUUAGACAUUAAUGUCACGUUUUCUGCACUGCUCCUCAUCACUCACCUCUAGCCUCAGGUCAGGCAGUCAGUAAUACUUCACAACCUUUCUUACCAGAGGAUAGUUCUCACUCUUACAGUCAUUGGAUGCUAUGUGCUCUUUUGCAGUCUGCAGAGACAAUGCAGAGACUUUUCGGUCAGUUUUUAAAACAAUGAACAACCUGUAAGGCAUCCAGGUCUAACGCAUGAUUUCCAGGCCAUUAUCCUCAUGAAUGCACAUGUCUUAGGAAAUGGUUCCAGCCUUACAGCUUCAGGGUUGGGCUCCGGUCACCACCCGUAGGUGUUACUGACUAUCAUUGCCAGUUCAUUUUACUCUCUGCUGUUUUUUCUGGUUCUUCCUUGGACAUGUUUGAUGGACAGGAAAUGCUCUGUGCUUAUGGACAAAACUGGAGAGUGCACAAAUGCACACACACACAAACACACACCUACACACACACACACACACACACACACAUGCACAUAUACAUAAUGAAAGCAAUUCCUUUACUUAAAUACUUCGGCACUUGAUAAAUAUACCACGUUUUUGUCUUGUACAAUUGAACUUUUUGUUUUGAUUUAUUUACUGUAAUUAUGUUCAUGCACUCGAUUUUUUUUUUGUGUAACCUAUAAUGGCAAAUUUCUAUGUUUUUUAAAAAAAAUGAUUUUGGUUGUUAAAGUGAAUGUAGGAGUUCAGUUAAUAUAUUGAACUCAGUUAGAUAUGAUCGUUAAAUAAAUGUAGCAUUUUUUUUUUCUUCGUCAAGUUGAAUCAUGGAUGACACAACUGUAACUACACACAGCUGAUCAGGUUCACACUCACGACUCGCAGAGCUCAUAUGUAUAUUUUUUUAAUGUCAUCAGAUAAUUGCUGCCAGCUUCUACUGAGAAAACAUUCACAGCACUAUAUUUGGCCAGUGAAAACAGUUUGUCUGUCCCUGCAAGUGACUCAUUUAUUUGGUCCAGUCAAGCCAGUUGACUCAGGUGCUCCACUUUUCCAUUUAAGCCAAGCCUAGACUUCAAAUAAUGAAUGUACUUCAUUUCUCGGUCUAUGUAGAUGUGUAUAUGAUCUUGUUGCCAUGGGGAAUAAAAUGGCACAGAUUAUGCUGUUGGCAUCACACAAUCUUUGCAUUUUAUUUCAUAGAGAAACACUAGGUCACUUUAUUCUUUGACCUAACUUAUAGCAGAGAUGUCUACUUAUUAGAGGCAUUAUUAGAUUGAACACUUCAUUGUCAUCUGGAAUGUUGAGCUUCAUGAAACCCUAUGUGACAUCACUGUAUUGCAUGUUGUUGUUAGUGGUGGCCCCAGUGUUAGAAGAAAAAAAAAAAACAACUUAAGGAUUUUUGCUGUAAAGCCUUGAGUCAAGACGUGAAAGGAAAUGACCUGUGCCUUCUCUGUCCUCGUUCUGUAACUGAUAUGGUUCUGUCUCACACUUAAAUAUUAAUGCUGCUUUUAAGAGAACAGUGUUUCAUAGGGGUAUCACAUGAGGAUAGCCAUGCUCCCUCUUUCUUUUUUGCAAAGCCUUGAUCCAACUAAAGAAACAUCAUCAAAAUGGUUCUGAACAUGUAAUUUUAGGGUUUAGGGUGCUGCAACCUUUGAUAUUUUCGGACAAUAUUACUGUAUGUUUAGCAUAUCAUUGUAACUUGAGCAGGACCUCCUCGCAUACACACCCUUACUGUAUUUAAACACUAGUCAGAUUCGGGGGCUGGAGGCAUGGACAUUUGUAUUGUCACAGGAAAACUCUGCAGGCAUGUGUCCUUUCAUAAGCAUGUCACAUAGAGAAAUAUGGCUUCCACACAACUACCUCUGAGGCCACUAGGGGGCGCUAGUCUAGAAAACCGAGUAUGAGAAACAGUAACUGAUUGUCUAACUGACUGAAUGCUAUGCAUGACUCAAUCUGCACGUUCUCUUUUUCACUCUGUUCUUCUCCACGACACCCGACCAUCCAUCAUUCACUGACUUGCUGCCAUUUGACAUUCCAGCUCGUUGCCCUUUAACUGCUCUCUUAGGUAUUGGAACUGUUGUUAAAAUGAAACAUGAACUGAUCAAAGCAAUAAGCAAAACAAUAAGCCAACAAAGUCUUCCAAUUCCAAUUGGUGUAGCUACUGGUUGAUGAAAUAUCGUGCUUAUUUUAUUUUCUAAUCUAAUGCACACCUCUAUUUGAUCUUUUAAAAAGAUACGAAAAUGUGUAUCUGCUGAGUAUAAAAUUAGCUCACUUGACUAACUUAUUAAUUUAUUUGUUUCAAUAAAGCUCU